AGUGGUCAGUUGAAUGUGCAAAAGUAGGAAAUAUUAGAAAAGUGUGAACUUGAACAGAUUAANCUCCCUAUCAUAUCAGAUCCCAUGGAUACUGAUNACUCAGUANCAGCUNCACAUUUUGAUUUUGAUCAACUAAGUAGGGCACUGAAAGAUAAGAGGCACUCAGACAGAGAUAAAAUUGAGGGAGACUUUAAGCAAAAAAUUCAUGCCUUGGUAGCUGAGAUUGAAAGAACAACACCAAAUUUGAAGGCAUUGGACCAAUAUGAGGCUCUUUUGGAAAAGGUAAGAGCUGUAACUGAGGAGUUUGAAGCUGUCAGGAAAGAGGAGAGGGAAAAAACACAGAGAUUCAAUGAGGUUAAGCAGAGAAGUUGGAUUCAGAGUGGGUAAGGUCCUGCUUUGUCCUCUUUGUUACCAGUACGUCUGCUGUAACUUGCUGUUGGCUGUCACCUUUUUGGCCACAGAUAUUAGGGUUAAGUGUGCCUUGAGGAGUGUAACCCACCCUAAGAAGUUGCAUGGCUGUUAUCCCAGUCAUGUAUUCUCAUGCCUUGUUCUUCAGCAACUUAUCGUGAUUGCCCU